CCGAAGUACCGAUCUUAACCCGAACCAGAAAAACCGAAACUGAAUCCAAACUGUUUUACAAAAAUAUCCAAAUGAGAGUUAUGAGCUUACUACUUUGGACUUUGGUUAUAAUCCGAACCGAACCAAAAUCUGAAUUAGGAUCCGAAGAUAUCCGAAAUUAGUUAAAUAUGUUAAUGUUUUUAUAUAUAUUAAGUUGAUUUAGAUAUUUUAGAGUAUUCAAAAUAUUUUUGUAGUUUUUUUAUUUGUUAUUUUGAAUACGUUUUAGUUAAUUUAGAUAGUUUAACUAAUUUUUAAUUAGAUUUGUAAAUAAUUUAUAUAUUUUGAAAACUUUUGGUCAAUUUUGGAGUUUUUUAAAAAUAUAUUUGGUACGAUUUUAAACAUUGGUUAAAUCCGAUCUGAACCGAACCCGGAAGGAACCAAACCGAAUCUGAUCCGAUAAUUAGUAAAAAUCGAAUGGUACUUAUGAGCAUAACACCGAAAAUCCAAAAAUCUGAAUCACCCGGACCAAAACCGAACGGACCACCGAACGCCCAGACCUAAGUUUGACAUAAAAAUCUUAACCUCCGGCAACCUUUUUUUUUUUAACAUUGAAUAUUUCAUAACAUUGAAGUCCAAAAGGACAAGUUUGGGAGCACCCCUGAGUUAUAACACUAAGAAUUAAAGGAGACAGAGAUACUAAAAAAGAAAGCGACAUAAAAGGAAAUGGGAAAGACGUACCAGUAGGUACUAAUAAGAGCUUAAAGCUCAACACUAGCAGAAAAGGUUAUGAAGGACUUGAGGCAGCCUAGGUCCGCAAUUCCGCAUAUCUGUGAGAUCCUCGUUGUCACCGGCUAAAACAUUUUUUUUCUUUAACUCUAGUGUGUUUCAUUUCAAAUGUAUGGGGCCAACCCCAGAAAUCCCACUAAACAGAGUACAAAAGUUACUAUUAGGCAACAUUAAAAACCGUCAACCUAGAUGGGAGAAAAAAAAACAAAAGAUCCAAUAGUAUAACACAAAGGUAUGGAUCAUAAAGCGGAAGGACGAGACUUUCCCAGCUAGUAUUCAAUCCCACAUCAUCAUCCAAAGUGCUAAAACGUAGUCUUAGUUUAGUGUAAACGUUAUUUUGAAACAAAAAUAUUAAAUGAUGAUUUUACCCAAAAACUGUUAAAUAAUGAAUAACAUAAAACUAUCAAAGAAUAAAUUUAUCAUCAAUUGAUUACUCUUCCACAAAUAAAACGUACGUUAUUUUGAAACAAAAAUAUUAAAUGAUGAUUUUACCCAAAAACUGUUAAAUAAUGAAUAACAUAAAACUAUCAAUGAAUAAAUUUAUCAUCAGUUAAUUAGUCUUCCACAAAUAAAACGUACGCACUUCCCUAUAACAUCUCUAAUUCAUUUUCACCAAUCUAACAUCCUAAACCAAAGGAAAAUAUGGCAAAGUCUCUUUCCAUGUUAAUGUUUGUAUUCACAGUAGUAUCUUUCAUGUCUCCCACAAUAUUUUCCCAAGAAUAUGAUUAUUCACUAGAAGAUGUGAGCAUACCUCCUAUACCAGAUUAUAUCGAAGCUCCAUCACAACCACAAGUGAGUUAUUACACGAACGAAGAGUUUGCUUUUCUUCAGGAUUGCCUUAAAAAGGUGGAGACGGAUUAUUGUGCAGCUAAAAUUUUUAAGGACAUGUUGGAUGAGACUACGACGCCGUUGACGAUUGGAUGUUGUCGUAAUCUAUUAAAGAUUGGCAGAGAUUGUCAUCUAGUAGUAGCUAAAUACGAAUCUGUACCCCAGAAUGCUUUUAUAGAUCCUAGUGCAUCUAAUGCAGUCGCAAAAAGCAAAUAUACAUGGAAGGAUUGUGUCCGCAGAAUUGAGAGCUACAUUGGUGCUCCCGAGCAAUCCCAAGAAUUUGAUCGAUAUUCACCAGAGGUACCAGAGGUACCAGAGGUACCAGAAGAUGUGAACAUAUCUCCUACGCCGGAUUUUGAUAUCCAUGAUGCUCAUGAUCCUCCAUCCGCCGAUUCACCGUCAUUGGACCACCGAAGGUUGAGUUAUUACACGGACAAAGAGUUUAAUAUUCUUCAGGGUUGCCUUGAUAAGGUGGAGACGGGAUAUUGUGGAGCUAAAAUUUUGACGGACAUGUUGGAUGAGACUACGACGCCGUUGCCGAUUGAAUGUUGUCGUUAUCUAUUAAAGAUUGGCAGAGAUUGUCAUCUAGUAGUAGCUAAAUACGAAACUAUACCCCAGUUUGCUUAUUUUGAUCCUAGUGCAUCUAAUGCAGUCCCAAAAAGCAAAUAUACAUGGAAGGAUUGUGUCCGCAGAGUUGAGAGCCAUAUUGGUGCUCCGAUCUCUUUGGAAUAACUAAACUAAUAUUUCAUCAGAUAUUAUAUGCGUUUUAAAAUUUUAUGAUUGUUUUAUUAUAUUAAACAAUUAUCCCUCUACUGGAAAAUGCAUUAUAUGUUUGAUGUACUCUUAAAUAUAUAUGGCAUGCCCAUGCAAAUAUUAUAUAUA